CGUGUGUGUGUGUGUGUGUGUGUGUGUGUGUGCAUGUGUCGUUGUGUGUGUGUUUCGUACGUCUGUAUCAUGUCUGUGUCCGUUAUUUGUUUUCUCUGAGUGUAUUCAAGGAACACACGCAUAGUACAAGUAUGCGUUGCACACCUAUAGCCACCUAUAUCCCAGCUGUACACUCAGUGACAUACAUAAGAUACAAGAAACGCUUGAAUUUAGGAGUUGACUCAUAUAGGGGCAAGAAUAGAUACCGCCCUAGUUUGUCAGUGUGACCUCAGACAGUAAAACAUCUGUUUCUGUGGCUUUAGGAAUACAGACAGCCCCGACAGCGAUGGAAAUGCAAUCAUGCACCACACUUAAAGAGCCAUGUCAACAUUUAACUUCGCCAGUGACAGAAAUGGUCGUACUUGCGGGAGAAGAGAAAUAAAUCUAUAAUAACAUCUUUAGACCCGACCUUUCUACUUUCACAGCUGCUCCCUUGGAAACGAGUGUGCGACGACAGUUAAAACUCUGAGAGAAAAAAGAUUGAUAAGUCGUUAAAUCACAAUGUGGAAAAAUACAAUGUAGUACACAGAAGAUAAUUACCUCUGUGCUGUGAAAGUACCGUCUGAACAGAUGGGGCUAAUCAGGGGAACUAAAAACAUUGUGCUUGUAGGAAGUGGAGGGCUGAGGGCCAGAAAAUAGUUUAGAUAUGAAUCUAUAACGCUAUACCUGCUACUCCCAGCCCUCCCAGCCACUGAUUGCAUUUGAAACAAUGAGCCCUUGAAGUCAUCAUAACUGACCUUAAAUAAAGUAAAUAUAGUGCAAAACGUCUGCUCCAUCUUUUAUCAGCCUGUUGGCCUGGCACUGCUGUGCUUGAGGGGGCUGGUGUUUCAUUUUAUACCCAGGAUUGAGUGGGGAGUUGGGUCACAUUCAGUCUGAUAUACCCCCAUGGGACCUUUGUUAAUCUGGGUAUUUUCAUGCCGCUUCACAAAUAGCCUGCAGGGCCGGUGGUGUGUCCUCCCACUCCCCCUACUGCUGUCAGCCAGCAAAAGACAACAUCCGACAGGGGUAAUCUGAGCUUUGAUAGACAAAUCCCCCUCGCCAGCCCUUCCCAGCAUCACUGUAGCCGGUUUGAGGGAGGGAGUUUACAAUGUGAAUACUUCUUAGGAUACAACUCAGGGGAACAUGUGGGGGAUGUUUUCAUAAUAAUGAUGAUGAUGAUGAGGAAAAUAAUAAUGAUGAUGAAGGUGAUGAUGAUGAUUAUGUUGAUGGUGACGAUGAUGAUGGUGGUGAUUUUGAGGAUUUUGCUGGUCAUGGGAACAGGGAGAAAGAAGAGGAAGACAGAGGGGACGUUACCAGAGCCAGGUGCAGAAAGGGAUAGGCCAAAGUGAGAAGGGCAGAGGGAGUGAAUUACAGAGGGCGAGUGAGAGUCGUGUGUCAUUGCCUGGGGGGCUAAACUGUGUGUCUGCUCCGAGGACAAACCCAAUUCCCCCUCAGGCUGACAGCUCAAAAAGCCCCUCUUAGUAAGCAAACAUGUGACGGGCAAAAACCACUUGGCCAAGAGUGCUUCCACAGUAAUGACCAGCAAAUAAUGACUUUGGUGAGGACACACAGGACAUGUGAGGUCAAGCUUAUAAGAGGCGUUAAUCUCCCGGAGUCAGGGCCUGCAUUACAUAGACCAUUUCGGGUAAACAUUGGAUUCCCUGUCCAUUUGUCUAGUGACUGUCUGAGAAACAGUUUGAUAUAUUGCGAUAUGUGAAACAGACAUGCCGAUAUCUUUCAUUGAUUUCCAGCUACAACUUUUCAACUCACACGAAUAACAAUUAAUUCCAGAAAGUGUGGCAAUGUCCCCCCGACGAGCGAUCUUCUAGCUGAAUACUACGUGUUGAACAGAACUUUACUUUUCGCAAAGUUAUAAGAACUAACUUGCGAUUCAAAAGUUAAAGUAGCGUUGUAGGGGCCAAUUUAGUGAGCGUUUUAUUUCCAGACGAACCAACCCCUCCCAACAAGUUGCAUUGCUAAGCACGUUGGGCUGGGGGAUAAACUCCGGUCCAAAGAAAUACGAUCCGCUGCGGAGCUGCAGAAAAAGGCGGCGGGGGUGUGAAGGUAUGAGACACAGUUCAAUAGGAGACGCCGAUGGAAGUGCUACCGCUCUAUCUCCCUCUGAGCUCUGUCAAGGUCUUCGUUUGUGUGAAGAUCUAACCAGGAGCGCCAGUUUGUCAGAGAAGGAGCUCAAAGAGAACCGUGUCCGGAGUCAGAUCAUCGCCUCCCAGCUCACCCUGCCCACCAACUCCGGCUCCAGAGGGGUCCAGCUCUUCAACCGCCGCCGGCAGAGGGUCAACGCCUUCACACUGGAGAGCGGAGGGGAGGGUUCGGCCAAGGACACCGCGGAGAACGCCAACGCCCCCUCGUCGUGUGAUAAACCAGGAUGGGCAGAAGGAGGCGGUAAGCAGAAGGACCGUGAGCUGAACAGCAGGAACAGCCGCGCCGCGGGGCCGCUCUGGUCCCCCACCGCCAGGACACACCAAGUCGGGGACAUCAUGGAGGAGCCGGCGGAGGCUGGGGGGCAGAUCCACGAGGCGGAGCGGAUGAAGAGCGGCGAGCGGCCCGAGGACAGACACUUUGUUCCGGUUAACGAGGGGGAGGCGUUGGAGGAGGAGGAGGAGGAGGAGGUUGAGGAGGAGGAGGAGGAGGAGGUGAAGGGCAGCAGCGAGGAGGCACUAGACCGAGAGCUCGGGGAUCUGGAGGCGAGCGUCAAGGUCGAUUUCGCCCCCGCGAGUUGUACUACCUACCGAACCCAGGCCAGAGAGUACCCGGGUGGAGAGACACCGGAGCCCGCUCCUCCGGUGAACAGCUGCCACCGGACUCCCUCCGGCCCGGUCCCGUCCGCCAAGCAGCCCGCCGCCAUCGUCAACAGAACCGCCAGGCCUUUCUUCUCUCCGAUCACCGUACAGUCUCCUGAGGCCGUGCCAACGAGCCCCGUCAUGGGCGCCCCUCCCGCCCCUUCAUACGCCGCUCCACGACUGCCCACCUUCAAGGCCCCCCACCGAGCGGCCUUCUCGCCCCCACCUUCAGCCCCCCACCGAGCGGCCUUCUCGCCCCCACCUUCAGCCCCCCACCGAGCGGCCUUCUCGCCCCCACCUUCAGCCCCCCACCGAGCGGCCUUCUCGCCCCCACCUUCAGCCCCCCACCGAGCGGCCUUCUCGCCCCCACCUUCAGCCCCCCACCGAGCGGCCUUCUCGCCCCCACCUUCAGCCCCCCACCGAGCGGCCUUCUCGCCCCCACCUCCACCCCCCUCCUACCCGAUGCCCCCUCUGCCAGCCUUCACUAACCAGCCUCCACAGAUCUACUCCAGCCCGACGUGCAUGUCUCCCGUCAUGUCCCCGGCGGUGACCCAGUACAUGGCCACCGGUGCUUCCACCGCGCCUUAUCAGCCCGCUCCCAGCAUCCCGCCGGGUUCUUAUCAUGGGGGCCCGGCUGCAGUCCCCGGGGCCCACACAUACGCUCCUCAACCGAUCGAAGAGAGGACAACGAUGGUCAAAACGGGGAUCCUGGAGGAGAUGGCCGCCAAGAGGGCCACCGGCCGGAAGUCCAUGUUCACGUUCAAAGAGAAGACCGUUGUCGCGCCGAACCCUGAGCUGCUCUCGCUGGUCCAGGGGGCCGACGAGAGGAAGAAGCACGGGCCCCGGGCCCCCGCGCCCGAGCCGGGCUCCGAGGAGGAGCUUCUCGCUCUGGGCGCGGAGGCGUCCAACUUCCUGGUCGAGAAGCAGGAGAGCUCCGAGGGAGCCGCCGCCCCAGAGUGGGCGUCGUGCCUGAAGAACUCCAGGACCCGCGAGAGGGCAGAGCGCGGGCCGGAGCAGGCCCUCACCAACGCCUCGGGAAAGGGGGCGGAGCUUUUUGCCAAGCGCCAGUCCAGAAUGGAUAAGUUUGUUGUGGAGAAUCAGAGCGCCAAACCAGCGCGGUCCCCCUCUCCCACCAUCUCUCUGCCGCCAUCUUGGGUCUUCCCGUCAAAUAUGCCUGGCCGGGUCAAAGCCAUUGCCAAAAACUCUGAAAUGUCGACUCAGCUCACACAGACCCUGCAGGCCCAACAGCAAAUCAAAAGAAAGCCGAGUCAACCUGCAGCGGCUCCACCACCGGUCCCAGAAAGCCCUCCACUGGAGAACGGCUGCACCAAGAUGGAGAUGGACCUCUCCAGGCACCAGCCAUAUCAGCUGAAGUCCUCCCUCUUCAUUCUCAACCCCACCAAGGACCCCCUUGGUUCCUUACCAAGAGGGGCACCGGCCGCGAGAGCCCCUGUUCCCGGCCAGCCCUUCUCGAGGCAGUCCUCCCUCCCCACCGGCUCCCCGGCCUUCUUCAGUAACCAGGCGACCCACAGCUCCCCCCACUGCAUGUCUCCACAGUCACCCCUCAGCCCGACGGGACGCAUGGAGUACCCCGCUCACUACGGCGCCGCCCCAGCCCACGGCCAGCCGAGGGUGAACUCUCCCAUGUCGGCCGCCUCUCCGGAGCGUCCGUCUUCCUCGCGGUCAGGCGUUCAGGCACCAAGACCCAUGUUUUCCACCAGGAAGGCCGGGAUUGAACCCCAGACAAAGAAGCAAUCAUCUCCAGUCUUGGCGCCCAGCGCGACCCCUCCCCUGACCCGGGCGCCUGGCCUCUCCCAGCGCGUCAGCAGCCCAGAGAGCCCCGGCCUGGGUGUCUGGUCCCCGGGUCGCCCUGCCAACAAGCCCCCCCUCACGUCCCCCGUCUCCCCCCCUUGGGGCUCCCGGUGCCAGUCUCCAGCGAUCAACCAGAGUCCACAGCCUGCUGCCAACACCAGCGUGCCCUAUUCCAAGCCCCCCCCGACGUUGACAGCCUCCUCUCCCAUGUCGCCCCCCUGGGGCUCGCGCUGCGCGUCUCCCUUCACCCCCCAGACCACCCACCCGCCCUCCACCAGUAAGACUCAGCGUGCGUCCAGCGCCACCUCUCCCGUCUCCCUGUCCAGAGACGGCCGCUGCAUGUCCCCCGUGGUGAGCAAUCAAGACUCUAAAGCCAACCAUCGCCUGCUGGCCAAGAACAUCAUCAACGCGGCCAAGCGCAAAAAUAGCCCGUCCCCCGGAGCCCUCAGCGGGCACAGCCUGCCCAUCUCUCCCCUGGGCACGUCCCACCACGGAUACGACUGUGGCAAGCCGCCCGUCUGCCCCUUCGAUACGCGGUCCCUGGGGGCCCUGUCGCCCACCUUCAUCAGCCCGCCUCCCACCCCCAGCCAGAGGAUCUGCUCGCCGGUGCGGCUCUACAACAGCCGCUCGCUCACCGACUCGGACGCCUCGGUGGAGUCGGAGGACUCGGGCCUGAGGUCGCCCGGCUCGCGUACCUACAACACCUGUCCCCGUGGCUGGGGGGGUAGCCUGAGGGUGAAGAGGGGUAGCAUGUCCACCGACCUGUAGGGGAGGCCUGGGGCGACAGCAGCAGCAUGAAUUUUGUAUGGGGCCCUUCGCCCACAGGGCGGCAUGGGGGGGCGGGUUCCAACUGUCCUCGAACCGUUUUGAGACCAACACGACCAAAGAAGAAUACUGAUGCAGUUUGAUCUGUCUAAUAUUUGGAACUGUUUCUAUUGCUUUAAAGGAGAUUAAGGGAGGCAACCAUUAUACUCAUCUGGUAAAGAAUAACACCUUAUGUAAUACUCGUGAACACAUACAACUCCCUCUCAGUUGUUGCAGAUGCGGAUCUAAUUAUGAGGGUAUCUAAAAAAUUUAACAUAAAGGUAAAAAUAAAACCAAAGAUAUUAUAACUCAUAUCAAGACAGUGUUAUAUAUUUGAUGUAUUAUAGCCUCUUGACUUAUGCAGUCCUUAUAUAAGAUAUAAUUAAUGCAUAUUCAUUAUUUUGAUAACCUUUUUAGGAAAAGAUCAUGAAUUGACAUGAUGUUUGCUGGACAGCCACAAGUCUAAAUGGUUUGAGCUCAAUACAUUUAAAGGAUCUGAAGAAUGUAAGAAGUUAAGAAUGUGUAAAUAUGCUGCUUAUUGGACUGUAUUUUUUAUCAACUUUAAGUUGAGUACUGUAAAUCAAAAGAGAAUAUGGGGCCUUCUUUAUCCAAACAGAGUUAGGAUUCGGUUAUCAUAUAAACAACAUUCCAUAGGCUUUAACACAAAGAUUUAUACAUCAUGCCAUCUUGGUACUGCCAUGAUAACAAAUGGCCAAAUUAUUCUGUAUACUUUCUUGUAUUUACAAAUACAAAAAAGAAAAUUCUUGUGUAUAAUUUCUGCUGUGCAAUAACGCAUCUACAGUGUGACAAGGUAUGUUUUAUGUUCUGUAUGUUGUGUGACGAAUGUAUAGCUGAACAGACUGAUGGAGAAUAAAGGGAGGACGUAAGGGGAAAUGAGAAUGACAGAUGGAAGAAUAGAAUGUUAUGCAGUUACUUGUUGGGGCAUUAUUGUCAAUGAAACACUGUUUCCAUAAUUCUGCAAAAAACCUGAAAAAUAUGUUGCUUGAAUUCCAAAAAGUGCUAAAUGAACCAAAUAUUGAUUCCAUUAUUGACAUUUGUUUGUAUACGUUUACCUUGGCAUAGAUUUUCGAAAGUUUACUAUAAAGUGUUGACAUUUGGCCAUAUGGAUGUUUAUGGUCUGUAGAGGAAACUGUUGGUAACUAUCAAAACAUGGUUAUGGUAGUUUUCCCAAAAUGCAGACGAGUUUGAGGCUUGGGUGUAGUCUAUUGAGACAGAAGGUUGACAGAAGGUUGUGAGUAUAGAAGCAAAGGAUUCUGGGACGACGGUAUGUCUUUCACAUGCAUACAUUGAUAUAAUGCACAUGCUCUUACUUUUUAAUCAAUUAUGUUUGAUUUGCACUUAUUCCAUCAUUUAAUUUCAAAGACAAAGGUUAGUCUUGUCAAAACCAUAUCAAAUAUGUGUUAUUCACAUUCAGGCAUCCGUAUAACGCACACAUGUUGAGGCACCAUGUCAUAGGUGGUUGCAACUUCCAGCAGAUCGCAGGUGACUGUUAAAGCAUAGUCACUUUGGCCAUUCCACCAUGCUUAACACAGGCACGGGCAAGCAAGCGCCAAUUCCCCUGUUCUCUGACACGUAAGCCAAAAGUAUCAGCAGCACAUUGCUAAAUAUUUACAUGCAUCACCAGAGUGACAGGGACACCUGCAGUGCUCACUUGCUCUCCCUGGUAGGAAUACAUAACCGUCAUGGAUGGUUUCCACCAGAGAAACUCACGGGCAUGCCUAGCACAAGUAACCAUUCUCUAGAAUGUUAUGACUUAUCCAUACAUGAUUGAAAUCGAAUAUGGGUGUAAUGAUCGUCAUUCAUGUUUCAGGUUAUGAACCUGGCGACCUAAGUGAGCACAUAAUAAAAACAAAUGAGGACACCA